AAGUCUAAGGGAGCCAAAUCUGAAGAAUGAGUUGGAUGAGGAAGCAUUUCAGACCCACAUUUUGUUGUUGUGGUCACUGCGGUCUGGAAUUUGCAAAUUGAUGCCUUGUCUGGGAGAAGAAAUGCUCCUUGAGAAAACAUUCCUGGCACUUGUUCUUGAGGACUUCUAGCAAGUCUAUACUAGUAAACUGCUGUAUCAGUGGUCUAUUGAGGGUCUUCACUGAUCUGUUGAGAGAGAAUCAUUUAGUCACCGCUUCGCUGUCUCACUAUCCCCAUGACAUUAAUUGAUGUUAUCUUCAGUUUCUUGGAAGGUGGAGACUAUUUCUACUGCUUGGUAAAGAGGUUUCUUGAUAUCAAGAGUUUUUCUGGAAAUGUCAAGGUUUUUUUGAUUCUGAGCCACCCCUCUUGCUGAAACCUUUCUCAUGUCCAGAUGUUUUUUGAGGAUGGCAUUCAUGGACUCUGUAUUGAUGCCUACUAUUUCAGCCUUGGAUAGAUCACAUUCCAGGAGAGAUGGAGGUUUCAAAAAUAAUUGGAGCUUUGAUCAUGGAGAAGAAAGCGAAGGAGAUACAGAGAAAGAUGAGGCAAAUCUGCUCAGCAUAGAUGAAAUUGAUGGGCCCUUCACUCCCAAUGAAGAAAAGAAGUCACUACAUUGUCGGCUAGGAACUAUUGGCACCAGUGGAGAGUCCAUAAAGACAUAUACAAGGCGAGGCAAAACUGGAGGUUUGAGAGACUUGAAAGGGAAUGCAAUUGGACUCAACAUGGUUGGACAUAGCAAGAAACUGAGGUAUAGCGUUGUCAGUGAAAAUGCUCAAAAUAUAUCCUGUUCUGGAACAGUAUUACUCGGUAGACGUUUCCACCAUGCUCAUGCCCAGACGCCAGUAGUAAAAACAGCAGCCCAAAGCAAUCUGGACCGAAAGGAAAGAAAAGAAUACCCUCCUCAGCUUCAUAAAAUAGAAACUGACCUCAUAAGAUCACCUCAGUCUCGACCAAUGGGAAGUCUUAUGGAGAGCACAGAAGAGUCUGGAUCAGAAUCAGAAUCUGAAAUUAAGAGGAAGGUACAACAGAAACGUUCCUGCAGUUCAUAUCACUCUGAUUUGCCCCUCUCUUCUGCUACAAAAAAAUGUUUAACCCACUUAGAGGUUUUGGAACAGACUGAUUAUUCUACUUUUUGCCAUGGGUGUGGGAAGAGAAAUGAAAAUCAGACCAAAUGCCAGCAUUGCGGAAAAUAUUUUCUUAAGGAUUUCCAAAGAAUCUCGAGACAAACUGUGACAUUAAAUGAACCCGUGGGACCUUUAUCGCGAUCGCCAAUACAUCAGAACUCAAUAGGACAAAAAUCUUCAGGUACAGGGUUGAACACAAAGAAGUUUUAUGGUUCUGCCAUUGGAAAAGGUCCAAUUGAUAUCAUACUGAGUCCUGAUAUUGUAGGACAUUCUAUGUUGCGACCGAAUGGAAAAGUUGCUCUUAUAACUGGGCCAAAAAAUCCUAAAAUUACAGGAAGCUUAAGGCAGAGGAACACGAGGCCACCUGAGCUAAAUGAUCCAAUUGUUUUGUCCAGUGAUGAUGAAGAGGAAGAUGAGGAUAAUGGCAGCACUAACAGAGUGGAAAGCAUUUCACCUCGCCCGGCCGAUUCAGCCUGUUCUUCCCCAGCACCCUCUACAGGAAAGGUGGAGGCAGCAUUAAAAGAAAAUACUUGUGGAAUAGAACAGAAACUAAAUAAUAUUGUAACCGAUACAGAAAUUGCAAUCGCGUUGCCAAGAAAAGCAAGAAUGAAAGAUCAGUUUGGCAAUAUUGUAUCUAACACUCCAAUAAAACGUCGUAAAGUUACUUCUCAAGAAAUUGUAACAGAAGCUGUAUCUUUAAGUUACCAAAACUCUUGUGAAAGUGUCAUUCUAAAUUGUCGAAGCAUACGAAUAGGAACCCUGCGAAAAAUGGUGGUAGAACCUGUAAUUUUUUGCCUGGAUUAUAUCAAAAUACUUCUAGAAGAGUCAGGAAGUGAUAUCCGAGAAAUUAAUUUAAAAACUUCUGAACUUACCAAAUGUGAAUGGUGUGGUGUACGAAAAUUACCAGUAGUCUUUCUGCAAACAGUACCAGCUGCCUGUAUUAGCCUGAGAUCCCAAUUGAAGAUGAGUAGAGAGAAGGAUAAUGUCUGGUAUGACUGUGAAGGACUGAAUCCAGAAGAACAGUACAUCAUUUUAAUUUUUGAGACUAGUCCCGAUCCUCAUGCAAAUACAAUAUUUGAAAAAAUUAUUGCUGACAUUGGUAUCAGGAACAAUAUUUCUGACUUCUUUGUGAAAAUUUCCUUUGAAGAAGCUAAUAGUAGGCUUGUUGCCUUUACAAAGUUUAUGGAAGACAACUCUAAAGGAAGCCCUGCGCAUAAAGAAAACAAAAUUAAAAAUGUUGUUUCUGAAUCUAAAAUGCAGCUGCGAAAUAAAACACCAUUCCAGUUUUUUGAUGAAGAGGAUGAAAUUGGAGAGCCGCAUACAGUGUUUAUCGGUCCUAUAGAAAAGUUGAUAGUUUAUCCACCUCCUCCAGCUAAAGGUGGUAUUUCUGUGACCAAUGAAGACCUCCAUUGCCUAAAUGAAGGAGAAUUUUUAAAUGAUGUUAUUAUUGAUUUUUAUUUAAAGUAUUUGGUACUUGAAAAAUUGAAAAAAGAAGAUGCUGAUAGAAUACAUGUGUUCAGCUCAUUCUUUUAUAAACGCCUUAAUCAAAGAGAAAGGAGGAAUCUUCAUGAAACUUCCAGCCUCUCGAUACAACAAAAACGACAUGGGCGAGUGAAAACUUGGACACGGCAUGUUGACAUUUUUGAGAAGGAUUUUAUUUUUGUUCCCCUUAAUGAAGCUGCCCACUGGUUUCUGGCUGUCAUCUGUUUUCCUGGUUUAGAAAAAUCCAGAUAUGAGCCAAAUCCCCACUACCAUGAAAAUGCUGCGGUGCAGAUAAAAGCCUCUUCAGAAAGAGAUAUUAAUUCUCCAUCUCCUUUGCCAAAUGAGUUUGAUACUACUUCACAAAGCUCUCCUUCCAAGUCUACAGUAAAGAAGAUGCUGAGCAAAAAGCAUAAUACAUGUUUACCUGAGCUGAACACUGAAACAGAGGACAGUGAUUUACCGUAUUGUCGAAGAAGCCCUUGUAGGGGGAAAAGUGGUUUUAAAAAAGUAAACCAAAUAGACAGUGAUGCAGAAGAACCUGCGCCUGUGGAAUCUGCAUGUCAUAAACUUGAUCAUAGGACUACAGAUGAAAAUGACAUGCAGAGUGAAUAUAGAACCACCGCACAACCUAUGGAUGGCUUGCACAAAAUUAGGCUAAACUACAGUGAAGACUCAGCUGAUGGCAGUAAAGUAAAUGAAGAUGACCUUAUAGAUUUUUCUGAAGAUCAGGAUAACCAGGAAGACAGCAGCGAUGAUGGCCUGGUAGAUGAUAACUGUAAUUCAGAAAUGGGACAGUGGCAUCUGAAGCCCAAUAUCUGCAAACAGCCCUGCAUUUUGCUUAUGGACUCAUUGAGAGGCCCUUCUCGAUCCAAUGUUGUAAAAACACUAAGGGAAUACUUGGAAGUAGAAUGGGAAGUCAGGAAGGGUAGUAAAAGAAGUUUCUCCAAAGAUGUCAUGAAAGGUUCCAAUCCAAAAGUGCCCCAACAAAACAAUUUCAGUGAUUGUGGAGUAUAUGUAUUACAGUAUGUGGAGAGCUUUUUUGAGAAUCCCAUUCUCAAUUUUGAGUUGCCAAUGAACUUAAUGGACUGGUUUCCAAGACCUAGAAUGAAAACUAAACGAGAAGAAAUAAGAAACAUAAUCUUGAAGCUGCAGGAACAGCAGAACAAAGAGAAGAAGGGACAGAAAGAUACGAGUCUGACAGAAAGACCUGUGCAGGAAGGAACAGAACAAUUUAUCAACAGCAGCUCAGACUAAAUAAAAUGUCUGUUGCAUGUUAGUCAAAAACUGAAGUAUACUUUCUUUGUCUGCCCAGACUAAAGAAUUGGAGUAUUCUCUGCUCAAAGUUACUUGGGAAUGUUAAUGCCUGUAUAAAUGUGUGUCAUAAAAUUAAUAAAUUCCCAAAAAGAUAUGUAUUAAGUAAGCAAGUUUGUACAUAUGUUAAUGAGGCCAACUUUUUCAGCAUUUGUAAUUAUUUUUUUUCACUUGUUAGGAAGCUUUUUGUUAUCUAUUUCUGUUAAUAGAACUUAAAUAGCAACUUCUAAACAUAAAGCAAAUAAAUAAAAUAUUUAUAGGAUGACAUGGUUAACUUUUUUUCU